CAGGACUCCUCAGCAACACCAAUCUGCAAAAUGGCGGACGAAGUCUAUGAUGGUGCCAUUGGCAUCGAUCUCGGCACCACCUACUCUUGCGUUGCGACGUAUGAAGGCACCAAUGUCGAGAUCAUCGCCAACGAGCAGGGUAGCUUCACCACGCCCUCGUUCGUCUCCUUCACUGAGGACGAGCGCCUGAUUGGUGAGGCGGCCAAGAACCAGGCCGCCAUGAACCCCGCCAACACCGUCUUCGAUGUCAAGCGUCUGAUCGGCCGCCGCUUCGAUGACCCCACCGUCAAGAAGGACAUGGAGUCGUGGCCGUUCAAGGUCGUCGACGACAACGGCAACCCCAAGGUUGAGGUCCAGUACCUGGGCAAGACCCACACCUUCUCUCCUCAGGAGAUCUCCGCCAUGGUUCUCACCAAGAUGAAGGAGAUUGCCGAGGUCAAGCUUGGCAAGAAGGUUGAGAAGGCCGUGAUCACUGUCCCGGCCUACUUCAACGACAACCAGCGUCAGGCUACCAAGGACGCCGGUGCCAUCUCCGGCAUGAACGUCCUCCGUAUCAUUAACGAGCCGACUGCUGCCGCUAUUGCCUAUGGUCUUGGCUCUGGCAAGUCUAGCAAGGAGCGUAACGUCUUGAUCUACGAUCUUGGUGGUGGUACCUUCGAUGUGUCGCUUCUGAACAUCCAGGGCGGUGUCUUCACCGUCAAGGCUACUGCUGGUGACACCCACCUUGGUGGCCAGGACUUUGACACUAACCUUCUUGACUACUGCAAGAAGGAGUUCACAAGAAAGACCAAGAAAGAUGUUUCUGGCGACGCCCGCGCCCUCCGGAGGCUUCGGACCGCUUGCGAGCGUGCCAAGCGGACUCUGUCCAGCGGUGCUCAGACUACCAUUGAAAUCGACUCUCUCUUCGAUGGCGAGGACUUCAACAUGCAGAUCACUCGUGCCCGUUUCGAGGAUCUGAACGCCAAGGCCUUCGCCGGCACCCUCGAGCCCGUUGCCCAGGUGCUCAAGGAUGCCAACAUCGAGAAGAGCGCGGUUGACGAGAUCGUCCUUGUUGGUGGUUCUACCCGUAUUCCCCGCAUCCAGAAGCUACUCAGCGAGUUCUUCGAUGGCAAGAAGCUCGAGAAGAGCAUCAACCCCGAUGAGGCUGUUGCCUACGGUGCCGCCGUCCAGGCCGGUAUUCUUUCGGGCAAGGCCACCUCUGCCGAUACCUCGGAUCUCCUCCUCCUCGACGUCGUUCCCCUCUCCCUUGGUGUCGCCAUGGAGGGCAACAUCUUUGCCCCCGUUGUCCCCCGUGGUCAGACCGUCCCUACCAUCAAGAAGAGGACAUUCACCACUGUUGCCGACAACCAGCAGACCGUUCAGUUCCCCGUCUACCAGGGUGAGCGUGUCAACUGCGAGGACAACACCUCUCUGGGUGAAUUCACCCUUGCGCCCAUUCCGCCCAUGAAGGCUGGCGAGCCCGUCCUCGAGGUUGUCUUUGAGGUCGACGUCAACGGUAUCCUGAAGGUUACCGCCACUGAGAAGACCUCCGGUCGUAGCGCCAACAUCACCAUCUCCAACUCUGUUGGCAAGCUGUCCUCGUCUGAGAUCGAGAACAUGAUUAGCGAUGCCGAGAAGUUCAAGAGCAAGGACGAGGCUUUCAGCAAACGGUUCGAGGCUAAGCAGCAGCUCGAGUCUUACAUUUCUCGCGUUGAGGAGAUCAUCUCGGACCCGACCCUCUCGCUCAAGCUCAAGCGUGGCCAGAAGGAGAAGAUUGAACAAUCGCUCAGCGAUGCCAUGGGCCAGCUCGAGAUCGAGGACUCUUCUGCCGAAGACCUCAAGAAGAAGGAGCUUGCCCUCAAGAGGCUGGUCACCAAGGCCAUGUCGUCGCGGUAAAUGAUUUGAUGCUGGAUGGAUGCAUGAAUGGCCUUCCCCAGAUAGAUACGGGACGCAUCGGAUCGGAUUAUGAAGCCACGGUCCGGGGCCACGCGAAGUUACGGGCAAAAACGGCAGGGCCGCGGUAUAAUGGGAGGCGUCUUACAUCUUGAUUCAUGACACGGGGCACGCAAAAGUUAGAGGGAUCUUGCUCUUUAAGCCGCUUUUCGCUGUGGGGCAACUUGGGCAAGUAAUCGGUACCAUCUACACAAAAAUUGACGAAUGGGACUUGUCUUUCUGAUGCUCAUGAUUCGCAUUCCCUGUUGCGUACUGCAUGUAGAUCAAGGUAGAGGGGACAAUAUAGCACGGUUACGACGGGUUAGUUUGUUGCAAACAUAUUGUCUGU